UCUAACUCUCUUGUACCCCACUUUGCUACUAAUUGCGUGGUUAAAUAUGCGGAGCAUUUAAAUUAAGUUGUGUUAGCGCUCUGGUUAUUGCGAGAGAAGUCUUUCUAGAAGGAGGCUUUCUUGGAAGAUUCGCAACUGGAGGUGGUGUUGUUUUUCCGAACAGGUGGCUAAACGAACAAACACACAACUUAACGAACGCAUUUACCUGUUUACUCGAUCCACGCAUGCCUCAGAGCCUGACGUCACAUCUGCUACCAAAUUAAUCGUUUGUUGGACUAAUCUUUGCCAGCACUUCUUGAAAAGACGGAACACACAAGGAAAGACAAAGAAAAUCGAACCAGGACAACAUGUUAUAAAGUGGGUUUUCGACCACUAAGCCACAGAUUCCAAGAUCUAACAAUACAGAAAUGGAGGACAACGCAUGCCGCGGCAAUCGAGAACAACUGGGACUUCAGUUCACUAUUGACUAUCUGUUGUACAAUAAAGGACGCAACGAUGAGAGGGCAGAACCAGAGGACAAUGGCCCUCCAUCUGAAGGUCUUCAAAGCACAGUCAAUGAAACUCUCUCAGAGCAGAAUAGCGAAAAAUCAGAGGACCGGGAAUAUGAAGAAAACAGAUGUGAAGAGGAACAUGAGAAGACAAAUCUGAAGAGUGAAGGAACGGAUGAGAAGCCAGCGCAGUCCUACAUUGCCCUCAUUUCCAUGGCCAUCCUGGAUUCAGAUGAAAAGAAGCUCCUGCUAUGUGAUAUUUACCAAUGGAUCAUGGAUCACUAUCCUUACUUCAAAAGCAAGGACAAGAACUGGAGAAACAGCGUCAGACACAAUCUCUCUUUGAACGAGUGCUUCAUCAAAGCCGGUCGCAGUGACAAUGGCAAGGGCCAUUUCUGGGCUAUUCAUCCGGCCAACUUUCAAGACUUCUCUAAUGGGGACUACCACCGGCGACGUGCCCGGAGAAGGAUUCGCAGAGUUACAGGGCAGCUGCCCUUCGCACUACCCACGCGUUACCAAAGCCUCAGCCACCUGAAACGGACACCAUGUUGGUGUUGUCCACCGACGCAUCCAUUGAUUUGCUUCUCGCCCAGAGUGUACUGGAACUGGGCUGCACUUCAGACACACCGUAGGCCAUCCCUUCAUGGACUGAUAUAA